GUCAUGGAAGGCAUCGUUAACACCAUGAACGUUCUAGGAAGCAGCCCUUCGAUGCUGAAAGAGUUGAUAGUUGCACUAUUCCGCAAGGCGACUGGAGGCGACAUUGCAGAUCAUUCAGGCAAGUUUGUAGCAACCCUCCUGGCAGAUUUGAAGCAGUGCUACGAGCACAUCGGCCAUCGCACAAUGCUCAGCGAGGGCAUGAGGUGUGAUUUCCCUUUGUUCGCGCUGAAGGCGGCGCUCGAUUCUUACAGGUGGCCACGGAGGCUACUCAUGGACAACGCAGUUGGCGAGCCCCUCUACCCCACCAGAGGGAUUGCAGCGGGCUCCUCCACGGCCACUUUCGAAGUCAAAGGAUAUAUGAUUCCGACGAUCCGCGACACGACGAUCAACGAUGGCACGUCUCUCUCGAUGCACGUCGACGACUUGGCGUUCGACUCGAUAGGAUGCACUGUCGAAGCGUGCUUGAAUGGCUUGGCGGAUCUUGCAGCUAGGAUAUUUCAUAAGUUUACGUAUACCCUCGAGCUCCCCAUCCAUAUGAAGAAGCUUAACUUCACGGCUAACAACUUCGAGGUCUUGAAGCAAGCUCCUGGGGCUCUUGGGGAAUAUUCCGGGUCCAUCAAGAAUUCCAUUACCAAUCUGGGGGUGGACUAUAACGUGGGGAAGAUCAGGGCUGCCAAAGGAUGCAGAUCGAAAAAGAUGUCCAGGUGGAAGGAGAACAUGAAGCGUCUCCCCAAAAUCUGUCGACUUCGGGAUCGUAAACAAGGCAAGCCCAAAAAGGUCAAAAUAUACACCUGCGGAGUCAAGCCCUCCAUAUGCUAUGGGGAAGAAGUCUCAGGACAUUCACCUCAGGAAAUAAAAAAGUUAAGAGUUCAGACUGCACGGCUUCUCGGCAUUUGGUCGCCUGGGUGUGACAUCAACAUUUGUUGGCUCAUGAAGCCAGAGUCCGACCCCAUCUCCCACGCCAGUGCGACCUUCAAGCGGUAUUGCAGGGAGUGGUGGAUGACCACAGACAGCCAGAUUAAGGCGCCAGAUGCUCUCAGCCCGAAGGAGCUUCGCCAGAGCUGCGAGUUCUCCCAGAGGUUCUUUGAUCAAGUACCUCGGGGUAAGAGUUGGGCCUACAAGGUUAGGAGCCCUCUCACGGACUCCCUUUUCUGGACGGAGCAGGCAGGCUGGUAUUUCAAAGGCCCCACGACGGUCAAGACCAGCAAUGAGCUCGAGCUCAAGAUCACGGAGUCCUCACCAGCUCUCAUACAGAAGCUGUUCACGGCAGACCUCAGGCAGAAGUUUUUGGAAAGCUCGGUGUGCAAAAAACUAUGUGAUUCCGAGGUCCCCGACGAUGACAUCCACCCCAGGGCCAACGAGAUCAGAAAUCGAGGUUUGUGGGGUUUCCCUUUCAGCAAGGUCUGGAACAGCAGCAAGUGGAGCUACGAUUCAAAGAGGCGCUUGAGAGAUUUAAUAUGCAGCACAACUCCCACCAGCCAUCUUCUUUGGAAGCGAGGUUUCAAGGUGGAGCCGACCUGCCCGUACUGCGGCCUGUGCGACACUGUCUUCCAUAG